AUGGACUACAUGCACCACCGCCAGUCUUCGCCCGGCCCGCGCCCUGCCAGCCCCCGCCGCAGCAUGCAGAGACAGAGGAGCAACUCGUUUCCCAUUAUCGAGGCCUUGGGCUGCACAACACCAGAGGCUCGUCUGAUCCUGGCCGAGAGCAGAGCAGCCGUUCGCAAGCGCCGCCGCCGCCGCAACCAGUCGGUCGAGGAGGCCACGCGCGCCUUCAACCCUCGAGAAGCCUUGCCACUGACACCUCGUCGUCGUCUGAGUGGGCGCUCGCUGCCUGCUGCCCGCGGUGCCCUUGCCUCUGCCUGCCUGAUCAGCGCACACGCACGCACACACACGCACACAAAUACGCAUGCCCGCCAUUACUCACAAAGACACGGGCGCUGA